CAGCAGAGUCCGACCUCCGGCCCCUGACCGCUUCCCCAGCGCAGUAUCGACAAAAUCCUUCAGACCAGAACCUGCAGGGUCUACUAUCAGCACAAAAGAUGCAGAUGCAAGAAAGUCACUUAUGUAGGGUCGCUCUGUGCCUGGUUCUGCUGGUUCUGACCCAGCAGGUGGGCUCAGGUCCCGUACAGAGUCCAGAACACACGGGCAAGAGAAUAGCCCGCACAAGCCCGCUGUGGAGGAUCAUGAACAGUAAACCUUUUGGCGCUUACUGCCAGAACAACUACGAGUGUUCCACCGGACUCUGCAGAGCGGGACACUGCUCCACCAACCAGCAUCCUCCCUCUGAGGUGGCCAACUACUAGCGGGAACAGCGAGAUCAUCCAGCACCAGAACCUGACUCAAGAUGUGUGGGACAUCGUUCUUGUUGUGUUAAGGAGCGGACGUUACAAAAGGAAGCAAAACUCAUAACGGAGCUUGUUAAAUUGUUAAAACAACAUUUGUAAUUCAUCAUUCCAAUCCUGCACAUUUUAUUUAUUCCACCAAAUACGCAUGUAUUCAAUGCAUCAUUUUGUUGAAACUAGAAUAUAAUAUAAUAGUUGUAUUGUUAUUAUUUUUAGAAUAAUGAGGGAAAGACUUGGAAGGGGAACCGUGUUGGGACAAUCUGAGAAUUUUGUGCACUUUGAGAUGAAGCACUUUUUAAAAAGCCAAAUUAUCAUUGUACUGUGGCUCUGUACUGUAUGUACUGGUUCAAAACAGCUGGAAUAAAUACAUGAAAAAACACACAGUGCAUUUUUUUGUGAAUAUAAUUUAGAUGUGCAUGAUUGAUUU